AUGGGCCUUCUCCGUUGCGCCUUGGGCCUAACGGCUAUGGCUAUGGGCCUUGUAGCUGCAGAGCCCGCUGCAUGCCCUUCGCCUCCGCAAUCCCCCAAGGUCACCGUCGACCAAGGGGUCGUUGAGGGCUUUGUUCAGAAUGACACCAAUGUCUUCUUGGGCAUCCCUUUUGCUGAGAGCACCGCUGGUGAGAACCGCUGGAAGGCACCGAAGGCUAUUUGCUCGUUCCCUGAAGAUACCUUCAAGGCUACGGCUUAUGGUCCAUCAUGCGCCCAGGUAAUGUCUGGUUCGGCCAUCACUAAUCAAAGUGAGGAUUGCCUGAGCCUCAACAUCUGGACCCCACGCCAAGGGGACGCUGAUCUUCCCGUUUUUGUCUAUAUUUACGGUGGCGCCAUGGUUACCGGUGGUAGCAGUAAUGCUCAAUGGCAAGGGUAUAACUUUGCUCGUAAGGAUGUUAUCUACGUUAACUUCAACUAUCGUGAGAGCAUCUAUGCCUCUCCCAAUGCUCCUGAGCUACAAGGGGAUGUCCAGAACUUUGGAAUCUUGGAUGUGGAAUUGGCUUUGGAAUGGAUUCACGAUAACAUCGAGGCUUUCGGAGGUGACAAGUCGCGAAUUGUACUGGGAGGCCACUCUUCCGGUGGCGUACAUGUUGACCACUACCUCUGGAACCACCCCAAGACCUUCUUGGCCGGUGCUAUUGAGAUGUCUGCCAACGCUCAAUCUGGUCCUGCUAUUGCACCUGUUGGUGUCGCGCUGAAGGAAGUCGUCCAGGACAUGUUAGAUGCUGGCGUGAAGCUGGGCUGCACAGCCGAAGACUAUACUCUUGACUGCCUGCGCGCUGCAGACACCUACGAGUUCCAGACGACCUACUUCAACUCUACUUCGAACACCUGGUUCUCACCUUCAAUGGACGAGCUCACCCGCUUCUCCAAUUACACCGAUCGCUACGUCAAAGGCCAGUACCCCAAAUCGCUGCCGAUGAUCGUUGGAAACUCCGACCAGGAGGGCAAGAUCUUCGGUUUAGUUUACAGCAGCGAGAACACAAAUUUCUCGUCCUGGAUCCACACUUUCGAUGCAGACCUUGCAUUUGUGCCCUCCCAUGAGCUCCUUGCUGCCUACAAUGAAGCCGACUAUAAAACUGUCUCCCUCAUGAGCGGUGCCUCUUAUGGAGACGCGCGCUUUCACUGCGCGACCGACCAUUUUCUAGACCUACGCUCUGCUGAGCAACCUACCUGGAUUUACCGUUGGUUCGGUAACUAUUCCAACGUUCUUGGAGUCCCAGGUAUUGGUCCCUCGCACGGCAGCGAAGUGCCCUUUUUCCACGGCGGUAACGAGUGUUUCUCACUUCUGGACGGUGUUACCGAUGCAGAGCAAAAGUUGGCGGACUACAUGAACCACUGGUUUAUUGAAUGGAUUCGCAAUCCAUGCGCUGGACCUGGCUGGGAUCAGGCUUGGCCUGAAUCUGGCCCUCUAGCGCGCGUGGGUGUGCCUGGACACGAGGAAGAAAUCGUGAUGAGCACGACUGGCAUGUACAACGGUCGCUGCCAAAAAGUGUACAAGCCCAAUUAUCCUUACUACCCAGUUGUGCAGAACCCUGUGUUGCUGGCCGAGGAUGCUUGA